AUGACUGAUAGUACGAUAUACGACCAAGAAAUAGAUGUAAAACCUUACACUAAACUGGAUGGAAAGCCAAGGCUUGAUGCAUUCUUUAAUAAGGAUGGGUUGUUGUUACGCUCGUACGGAUGGCUAGUGAGAAAUGCUAUAGGCAUUAUAAUAUUAAUUCAUGGUUUAGGUUCACAUGCGAGAUUGUCCUUUUUAAGACAUAAUAUUGAGAUAGUAAGUAAAGAUAAAGCCAUAUUAAAAGAUGGAAAUAAUUUUUACGUUUAUAAAGACAGUUGGAUAGAACAUUUUAAUAAAAGCGGCUAUUCAGUGUAUGCAUUAGAUUUACAAGGUCAUGGAUUGUCUGAUGGAUGGGACAAUCUAAAAGCUAACGUAAAAAAGUUUGAUGAUUUUGCCUUCGACGUAUUGCAGUAUAUUGCUAAAAUUCAAGACUCAUUGGUUUAUGGUGAUAAUCAGGAUGACGCAACUUCUUCUGAUAAUGUUGACCAAAAAAUUAAUAAGAAAAGGCUUCCAACAUACAUUGUGGGUAUGUCCAUGGGAGGAAAUAUUGCAUUAAGGACAUUACAAUUAUUGGGGAAGUCCCAAAGCGAUGCAAAUAAAAGGUUAAAUAUAAAAGGGUGUGUCUCCAUAUCUGGAAUGAUUUCUGUUGAAUUAUUAACAUCCCCAGGUUCACAUACGUAUCAAUUAUUUUUUUUACCCUUAUCGAAUAUUAUUUCUGAUUUUUUUCAAAACUCAAGACUUAUUUCGGUGUUGCCUUUUCAAAGGUAUCCAUACAUUAACGACAUUUUAAAGUUUGAUCAAAUACGUUUCAAAGGAGGGAUAACCUAUCGAUUUGGUCGCGAACUUCUAAAUGCAAUGGGGAACUUAGACAUGGACAUAGGAUAUACUCCUAGGAGUAUUCCUAUUUUGUUUAUUCAUUCAAAAGAUGACCCAUUUUGUUAUUGGCGAGGCGUUGUAUCGUUUUAUAAUAGACUGAAUGUUCGUAAUAAAGAGUUGCAUCUUUUAGAAAACAUGGAGCAUGUAUUAACUGUGGAACCGGGAAAUAUGAAAGUUUUAAGUAGUGUUUUGGACUGGCUCGCUAGCAUAUCCGGAGGUGAAAUAAAAGACAAACCGAAUGAUGAUCAACAAUGA